UUUUUCUAUAAAGUUGCAGAGAAAUGGACAUCCUGUCUAUUUUUUUUCUUUUUUCUUUCCAUCAAAUAAUCAUCAUGGUCUCCAAAUCAUUCAUCACUAUCGCUCUUCUUGUCUGUGCUGUCUCCUGUGCCCCAGUUAAAGGUAAAUCGGAUACCACCCCUGAUAAUACUGAUGGAACCAAUGAUCCUAUUACGACUGAUGUCGAUGGUGAAGCGAACGCCGGUAUUCGUGCUAGACAACAAAAUUCUUCGGGAGGAAACUCCGUUACUAGUGGGGGCACCAAUGAUCCUGUUUCUGGUCUUCCUGUUGCUGGUGCCCUUACUGGCGGUCUUACUGGUAACCUUGGCGGCGGCACUGGUGGUGGUCUUGGUGGUGCUCUUGGCGGCGUCACUGGUGGUCUGACUGGUAAUCUUGGCGGCGUCACUGGUGCUCUGGCUGGUAAUGCUAAUGGCCUUGGUGGACAAUUAAGUGGAGAUGUUGCAGGUAGCGCUACUGGCUAAAUUUAACUAUGGAUGAGGAUCAAUGACUGUUUGGAAAUAUGCACUCUUUCUUUGUCUCCCUUUUUUUUCCUUUGG